CUGGUUUAGACCUGCACCUGUCGCUUUGGUGUAAUCUGUGUCUCGCUGACUUCAUUUGCUUCUUGUCCCACUGAAAAUAACUGCUGUUUUUUGCCCCUGCUAACAUGAAGAUUGUUCUAUUGCUGUUGGCUGUUUGGGUCCCAUCCACCUUAUGCGUCUCUUCCAGCUUCAAGCCGGAAAUCCCGUCGGCUACUUUUUUCCGGGGUCUCCGCACUUCUACCACCGUGACCCUAGCCAAGCCUGUCUGUGUCUUUCAAAGCGGCGUUGUGGAAGUUUUUGGAGUGCAGUCUACCGCAAGUACAAAUGAUAUUGGCACCAGCCCACAGAGCUACCAGCAAACCCGAGGUGGUGAACUGAGACCAUAUCGUGCUGGAAGAUUUGAAAUUCUACAGUGUACAUCUCCACUCCUCAGGAUAACUGCAGAUCCUAAGUUGGUCCAAAAAGAAAUAAAUGGCUAUCUCUUCAGAGUUGGAAAUGAUGUUCAGUGUCUAAACAAAAUUGACACUGAAUCUGGAGACUGCAAUGCCCCACUUAAUGGAAGUGCAUCUUACAGGUUUAAGUUUGCUGUACGUAACUCUGCCACAGGUGCAAUUGAAAAUGAAACACUCUGGUCAGAACCCAUCUCUCUUAUACAAGUUUCUGAUUAUAGAGUUAUCAAUACUGAGAUAGGCUACAGAACAGGAGGAAUGGUGGUGAUCACAACUAUUCUCGUCAUUCUUCUCUUCCUUAUCCUGUGUGCCUUUGUCAUCUCGCUUGUGAUUUCUUAUAUGAAAGAAGAGCAUCCUGUAAUGGAACAGCAACCGAUUCCCAAGACCUACAUCACACAUCAGAGAAAUGAAGGCUAUGCUGAAACUCUCCCUACAGCAGGACCCAGACUUGCUGCCCAGCAGCCAACUGAGCCGUCGCUUUAUCAGGUUAUUGAGAAAUCAGCUUAAGCUCCAGUGAAAGGUCAUGAAAACAUCUCAGAGGGUUGCUAUUUUGGGUUGAAGACAAGAAUCUGCAGUGAGAAAAACACUGAUGUGCAACAUGGUUUCUUUGCCUUUCUUCAGGCUAAACUGCAUAACUAGGAUGCCAAUCUGUCUGUACAUAUUCUGUGUAGUGCAUGGUGACUAUAUGGGGUGGGGGGGGGAAUUAAAUUCUAAUUGUGAUUCAGUUAACUUUCUCUGUGUAUAUUUGAAAUAAAGUCCUUGUUGCCAGGUUUCACUGAGGGUCUUGGCUCUGAUUUGGAUCUUUGGUUAAUAUGUUUGUAUACGUCUCAGCUUCUUCUCAGUUUAUUAUUUGUUGCUACUAAAAUUAGAUCACCUAGUCUCCAUACCAAAGUGAAAAUGUUAAUCUCUUCAAAAUACAACAGCCACUGUGGGCACAUGUUCUUUACUCAAGCCUCGGGUAGAUGCCUUUUAAUGGUCUGUAAUCUCCAUCAGUCUGUCCAUAUCCCUCUGAAUCACUGGGUACAUUCUUCCAAAGUAUUCCUAUUAUUGAACCAUGCAGUCUUGCAGCAGCACACUCUAGGAACGUAUCAUGCAUAUACUUUAAGGGAUGGUUCCUGAGGUCACAUCAGCAAGGCCAACUGAUACGAGAAUUUGGGUAAAGUUCAAAUGACAGUAUAUACUGAAACUGACUGACAUUGUACAGGUGUUUUGGAAAGUUCCUAACAAUCUCAACCAUAAAGUUUCUCAUAUCAACAUGUUUUUCUCUUAUUGCAAUUAAAAUUUUAAAUAUGUAUACUGUA